AUGCCUUCUGCCUUUCUAAGCAAGUUGCAAGGCUGCCUGUUCGUGUGGUCUGAUCAGUGUGUCAUUGUGUGUCCCCUCUCCCUCUCCCUGCCAGUCACCCCAGAGGCCAUCGGCUUCCUGUCUGCGGUGGGCGUCUUCGUCGUUGCACUGGCUGUCCUCUUCCUCUUCAUCAACAAGAAGCUGUGUUUCUCACGCGUCGGUGGACUGCCCUGUCUGGAGCAGCACGGCCGGAGGAGGAAGGGCAGGGCCGGGGUCCGCCAGGGGCUCGUGAACAGUUACGGUGACGACGACGAAGUGAGUAGUUCCUCUGACAGCGAGGAAGAGGUCCUGAAGCAGUUUGAGAUCUCCGUGUCGCGCUCCCAGAGCUUCCGUUUGGCCGCGGGUUCGAACCUCGCUGACCCACAGCUCCAGACCCAGCCCGCACCGGGCCGACGGCACAAAUUCACCCGCCUCCUCUCGGAUCAAGAAGAGGGGAGCACAGACUGUGAAGACAUGGAUGCCCAAAGCAGACAGGGCGUACAGGACCCCCUUUCCUACGGGGCUGAAGAGAGAGAGGGGGUCUCCACGUACUCUCUGGACACACCCGACGGCGUGGAGGGGCCCCUAAGAGAGGGAUCGAUGGGGACCGGUGGCUCGGUGGGCACGGCAGCCAGCCCCAGCCCCAGUAUGAGUUGCCAGGCCACAGACGGCAGCCUGGAGAUGGAGACGGCCGUGGACCAGCAAGGCUACAAUAACCACGACCCCACAGACAGCUCCUCUGCCUGGAGCCCUGAGCAAGAACAGCCUCCCCCAGAGGAUGCCCUACCUCGACCGGUCCGCUCCUCCCCUCGACCCCCCAUCUCAAAAUGCGGUGACCUGAUCCUCUCCCUAGAGUACCGGCCCGAUUUGGAAAAGCUCCAGGUAUCCGUGAUUGCUGCCCGGGACAUCCCCGACAAGGCCCGCAGCGGAAUGGACUCCUGGCAGGUCCAUAUGGUCCUGCUCCCUGCUAAAAAGCAGCGGCACAAGACCUCGGUCCAGAGAGGCUCGUUUCCCCACUUCAAUGAGACCUUCCGCUUCUCACGUCUGGAGCCAUCGGACCUGGCCUUGUCAGCCCUCAGGUUCCGGCUGUACGCCCUGGGCGGCAGGAUGUCUCGCGAGCGCAUGAUGGGAGAGAAGCUACUGAGACUGGGUGGACUGGACCCAGAUGGGGGCACCAUGGAGACGACGCUGGUCCUCGAGCCUCGCAGUAACCUAAAGACCGUGGACUCUCAGCUGAGCCUUUCUGCUGUGUCCCAGAGCGACAGCGCCUCCUCCACUCAGUCUCUGACGCACGGCGGAGUCCCGGAGCUCCUGGUGGGCCUCUCCUACAAUGCCACCACGGGACGCAUGUCUGUGGAGCUCAUUAAGGGGAGCCACUUCCGCAACCUUGCCAUCAACAGACCCCCAGACACGUAUGGCAGGCUGACUCUGCUCAACUCCAUGGGCCAGGAGAUCUCACGGUGCAAGACGUCAGUGCGCCGGGGCCAGCCUAACCCCGUCUACAAGGAGACCUUCGUCUUCCAGGUGGCCCUCUUCCAGCUGUCGGAUGUCACGCUCAUGGUGUCCAUCUAUAACCGCCGCAGCAUGAAGCGUAAGGAGAUGGUGGGCUGGAUCGCCCUUGGCCAGAACAGCAGUGGGGAGGAGGAGCAGCUCCAUUGGCAGGACAUGAAGGAAAGCCGAGGACAGCAGGUCUGCCGCUGGCACAUCCUUCUAGAGGCCUAG